AUGUCUGAGUCUUCAAUUAGUUCUAUAGAGGACUCUUAUUAUGGCAUUAAAAAACCUGCAAAAGUGAUUUUUAAUUUAGAGGAAAAUGCCACGACAUCACAGCAGGAGCAACCAUGGAAGAAAAUUGUUUUCGAAAAAGUGGAGUCACGAGCCCAGGCAAUGCAACAGAUGAAAAUCAAAGAGGACAAUCUCAAGAAGGAGCUAGAGCAAAAGAGCACCAAAAAUCUCCAGAGGGAUGAGUUGGCCAAAGAAUGGUUUGAUAUAGAACACAUGACCCUGGAUACUCGUACCUAUUUGCUUGACAAACUUCUCCCCACCUUAGUUCCUGGAGUGGAAAAAAUGUUAAUGCAAGUAGAAAAGAAGCAGCUUCAGAAAGAAAGUGAUAUUCCCAUCAAGUUUGAUCCAAUUACUUAUUUGGGGGAAUACUUGAUGAGAAACAAUCCUUAUCAUGUCAAAGACAUGGGGAUGUCUGCCUAUCAGAGGGUAAUGAAAGAAGUCACAGAGAAAAUGAAGGUGCAUGUUCCUGACACAGUUGGCCACAGAGUGAAAAAACUGAAGGAGAGUGUUAAAGAGAAACGGGAACAAAGAGAAAGGGUAGACAAAGUUAAAUUCAAGGUGAUCAGCAUACGGAAGCAGGCCCUGGAGGAACAGUUUGAAGAAUGGAUUGUAGACCCCAAUGGAAUGAUUCCUAUAUUAGUGAUUCAAAAUGUUCUUCAUGACUUUUUUAAAAAUCCAGAUUUCCAGCUUGAAGAACAGUACCCGAAAAUGACCAUUGAUUACUCAACGGAACCAAGAUUGAACAAAAAGGAAUUUGCAGAAUACGUCUCUUCGCAGACAACAGACCUUGAAAGUGAAAUGUUUAAGGAACUGCUGAAGCACUUUUGCCGCUAUGCAGAUGAGUUCCGGCAGGUCCUAAAAACUAACAUACAGAGGCAGAUGUUUGCUGAACUCUUUCUAUACUGUGAAAAUGGGAAGGUAGGGUUUUUGAAUCGGCAGAAGACAUUGGCCUUGCUGGAAAUAUUCUAUGAUGAAAGUCCAAAACAAGUUAGAGGCUUACUUCGAAACCCAAGACAAUGGCCAUUUGUUGAAUUUGAAGAGAUAAGCUUGUCUGAGUUCUGGGGAGACACGGAUAAUCAGAAACACAUUUAUGAAGACUUUAACGAACUACUCUUAGACAUGUUACUUCCUCAAAAACAUUAUAAUGAAAGUAAAUUUUCAGACUACUUAGAAGAUGAACAUAAAUAUAAUGAACUAGAACCAGGCAAGCCAGAACAGCAGGAAGAGACAAGUUUAGAACAAGAACCACAUGGAAGUUCAAGGAACCAAAAAGAAAAUGGCAGCCAGCCUCUAGAAGAAAACCUGAACGAAAAAUCACCAAUAAAACUAAUUCAAGCACAGUCAGGUUCAGUAACAAUACCAAGAAUAAAGUCAGCAGCUGUAAUCAGAGCACCUCCACAGAGUUCAGCAGAAAAAAGAAGAUCCAUGCCAGAACCGUACAUCUUUAGACAAUCAGAAGACAGACCUGCCAGAAAAUUAAAAACAUCCCCCGAACAAAUCGAAGUGUUAACAACAGAACCAGAAACACGCAAAGGGUCAAACACCAAACGAGGAUCAUUGAUAGAACAAGAAUCACACACAGAGACUAUUCCAGACAUGGAUUCAAAACAGGACAUUGCUCCAGAACAGGACAUAGAUUCAAAUUUGCCAUUAAGAAGUAUCUCAGAAACUGUAAAAGUAACAAAAGACAAAUCCUGUGAACUCAAGUACCCCCAAAUAGAAGGAAAGCCAUGGACAGGAGAACUGUGGACUUGUAACUGGAAGAUGAAGUAUGCCAAAGACGAAGAGGAGGAACAGGCAAAUUUAAUCUACAAAAACUCCAACUUCACAGAUCUAUAUCCAAUUAUCAGAAAUAUUCAGUCUUAUAAGAAUAUAAAAGGUAGGAGUGCCUUCAAUCGAGUUUCUUUGAAUUUGCUCCAAUUUGUGCAACUCCUGGAGACAUUUGUUGGUGAAGAUGCUCCCUUGAGUAUCAGUGAGAAUCUCAUCUCCUUCUUUAUGUUGAACUAUGUUGAAAAAGGAGAAGAGAAGAUGAGAGACUUAGAAGAGGCUCAACGAAAGAAUGCCAGAAUCCUACGGGAACUUCUUCUCAAAGCCCUCUUUCAGAAAUGGGAUAGUGAUGCUUCAGGCUUCCUGGAUCUGAAUGAAGUUGAUAAGCUCUUGUAUACAUACAAAGACGGAAUGGAAAAAGAAUCUAUGAAAAGGGCUAAACUAUACAUUGCAUUUCCAAAGCCACACAAUGGGCAGGAAGUGAAGUUAUCUUCAAAACAGUUUCAGAAAUACUUAGAACUGGUUGUAUCUGAGCUCAGGGGUAAUGAAGAUAUUGUUCUGGAAAAUCUUGUGGAGUUUCUGAUGAAUGCUUUGCAAAGGACCCAUGUUGAAAAUCUGAGAAACCAGGUCAGGAGAAAGUGGCUGCACCAAAUCCAACUUGCUGCUGAGACAAGUGGGGUAUCCCUGGAACCAGUUUACAAUCAAACCUUUAGGGCCCUCACCCAGGAUGCUGGAGUCCAUGGAAACAAGACAAUCAGUGCCCAUAUUUCCCUCUUGGAAGAAAACAAACUACUGCCAGAUCGAGGGACUGUUCUAUUGAGGAAUGUGGCUUGUACUUUGGAUGAUGCACCAUUUGUCCUGAACAAAGUGCUCUACAGGGAUAUGAAGGGGAUCAGCUUUACAGUUAUUGAUGAAGGAAAGCCAAUACAUGUCCCCCAAGUUCAGCACCAUGGAAACAUAAUGUUUUGGAACAAUUCCCGGACGAUGAGUGAUUGUAAUGGGUCCUUCCUGGCUCUGCCUCUCCAAGAUGCACAUCUAAGAAUAUUUGGGGUCCUGGCUAUUGACACCCUAAGAGAUCCUCAGAAAAUAAACAUCUUUCUACAUCAUGAGAUUAAUUUCUAUCAGGGAGUCACCAAUAUCUUUAGUACUGCCUACCACUACGUCCACAGCCGGGAGCAUAUUCUUCAUGUUGUGAUCACUGGCAUCGGAUGGCUCUACAAUGUUAAAACCAACAUCACCUCCAUCACUACAUAUUUUGUUGAGCCCAGCCCAGAGAAGAAUGCAGACUAUGUUCUACGCUAUAUGAUGACAACAGGAAACAAUGGUCUAACAGAUAUCUACAAAAAUCCUCCUACCAUCUUCAGGAAGACAUGUGUCUUCAGAGAUUUUCUGUUUAAGUGUGUAGAUACUUCAGAAGUUAUUUUGACCUCUGCUUGUGGAGAAACCCACAUGGCAGUUCCACUACGUGAAACAAGAGGAGAAGCUUUCGGAGUCUUGGAUUUUAACUUUGGCAAGAAUAAGAUGUUGUGCUAUCGAGAAUUUAAAGAUCUACUGAAAAUGGUGAAGGUGAUCCAAGCUGCCUGCAAUGAAAUACUGGGCGAAUUAUCUGGAGAGAUAAAGAAAAAGUAUAUCUUAGCCAUUGAGAAAAAAGGAGAAGUCCAAAGGGCAGGCAUUCUCUUCUUCCGCAUCAUGCUGCAAGAGCUACAGGAAGGCCUCCAGAAGGUUUCCUUUACGGACUUCAUGUCCCUGUUUCUUUCUCCUAUGUCCCAGGAGGUAGAAUCCCAAGCAAAGCUAGUCCAUAACAUCCUAAUGGCAAUUCUCUUGCUCUUUCAUCCUGAUUUGGACAUAGAAAGUUGGGAAAAGUGUAAAGCGCAUGUUAACAAAUAUUUAGUUGAGAAAAUUUGUGUCUUUGAUCCUACUGCUGAGUAUCAGGAAGUUAAUUUACAGCUCAUUGAUGAAUAUAUCAGAGGUCAUUCUCGAUAUGAAGUCUGGGAAUUUAACAAUAUUAUCAUUGAGUACCUCUACCACUGGAUACAUAUCUGUGUAGCUCUCAUCGUGCUAAGUGAAAAGCUAAAUGAUGCUAUUGUACCCCCAUUGCCUUCCAAGACUGAUGCCUCUAUGUAUGCCAAAAUGCCAGGAAUAUGCUGGAUACAGAAAGCAGGGGAAAAGGAACCUGGUGACACCAUUGUGGACUCUGACAUCAGUGAGACCUCUAUCAAGAGUGAGAUACCUGACCCCAAUUGGAAGCCUAAUGCCUCACAUGAGUCCCUGAGCCUGGAGUGA